UGCUAAAAAAGAGAGAGUCCAUAGUUCCUGUUACAUCAUCAAGUUGUUCUGAGAUAUUGGAUAUGCUGAGGAACUGAGAUAAGUCAGGAAGAUUAUUUAUAAAGCAGUCUUUUGUGGUAGAGGUAAUGGUUCUACCAUAUUUUUAACAAGGAGUUGGCUUUACAGCUUUAGCUAUAUGGAAUAUACAGGAGACUAGAUAAUGAUCUGAGAUAUCAUCACUCUGCUGCCAAAUUUCAAUGCCACUGACAUCAAUUCCAUGUGACAGUAUUAAAUCCAGAGUAUGAUUUCGUCAAUGAGUAGGUCCUGACACGUGUUGUUUAACACCGAUAGAGUUUAGAAUGUCUAUAAAUGCUGAUCCCAACAAAUCUUUUUCAUUAUCAACAUGGAUAUUAAAAUCACCAACAAUUAGGACUUUAUCUGCAGUCAGCACUAACUCCGAUAGAAAAUCUGAAAAUUCUUUAAUAAAGUCUAUGGUGCUCUGGUGGCCUGUAUACAGUAGCCAGUACAAACAUCACAGGGAAUUUAUCAUUAAUACUUGUUUCUUUGGUUAACUUUAUAUGAAGCACCAUUACUUCGAACAAAUUAUACUUGAAACCCGACCUUUGAGAGAUACUGAAAAUAUUGCUAUAAAUUGUAGCAACACCUCCCCCUUUACCUUUUGGACGCGGUUCAUGUUUGUAACAGUAAUCUUGGGGUGUAGAUUCGUUUAAAGUAAUGUAAUCAUCUAGUUUCUGUCAAACAAAGCACAUCUAGUUUAUGGUCAGUGAACAUAUCAUUUACAAAAAGUGCUUUUGAAGAAAGGGAUCUAAUAUUCAAUAAGCCAAGCUUUAUCAUGUGUUUAUCUGCAUUAUAUAGUUUUUUUAUUUGUUGAACGUCAAUUAAAUUGUUACUAUUACUUUGGUUUGGAUGUUUUCUGUAUUUUCUAGUUCGGGGAACAGACACAGUCUCUAUAGUGUGAUAUCUAGGUGAAAAAGUAUCUAUGUGCUGAGAGUUAACUGACUUCUGUGACGUGCUAAAAGAGCUACUGGGGAGCUAAACGAUUUAGAGCUUUUUAAGUAAUCAGAAGGAUUUUAAGAUGUUUUAAAAUUUAAAAAUGUGAUGUUCAAUAGGGAGCCAAUGUAGUGUUGACAGAACUGGGCUGUUGAGAACUGUAGUUGCUGCAUUUAGUAGUAGGAAAUUACUUCUCAUCCAAUUUUCUAUAAAUAACAUGAAUAGUAAAUAUUAGGCCAACUGAAAUUAAAGAGAUUGCUCACCAAUCAUUUACUCACCCUGAAAGUUGUUCCAAACCUAUAUGAGUUUAUUUCUCUUGCUGAAAACAAUAGAGGAUAUCUUGAAGAAUGUGGGUAAUCGAACAGUUGAUUGUCUCCAUUGAUUUCCAUAGUAUGGAAAAAAAAUAAAUCAUGACAUCAUUUCCAUUUUUUGGUAAACUGUCCUUUUAACAGGACUCAAAAUGGUAUUUCCAUUGUACGCAUUACAGAUUUUAAUAAUUAGCAGAUGAUCAACACAGCAUUGUAAUUGUAAUAAUUUGACUGCUGAUUGUCCAUCAGUUAGGGCUGAAAAAAUGGAACAAUGUAAAUAAGAACUUAGAGCUUAAGAAAGUGUCUUUGCGACCGUCAAGCAUCAGUGCUGGACGCUGUACUACAUUCCUGAGAUCAGGUAACAUGCUGGUUCAACACGUGCCCCAUUUGCACUGAGAUCACUCACUGAGACACAGCAUGACUGUAUUACAGUGGAACCAUCGAGAAUACUGAGGGAAAGGUUUAGAACCUUGUUUGUACCCUCAGCACAUGGAUACGAGUGUUCGACAUUUUGCUGCUCCAUGUGUGGUAAGCACAGAGUGUUUGUAUGUAUUGAUUAUGUGAUAAAAAUAUAAUUUGCUUAACUGUAAAAUUAAGAACUUGGCUUGAAUUUAACCCAGGUUAGUAGAUAGAUAGAUAGACAGAUAUUUUUUGAAAGAGGUUAAUACUUCAUAAAGGAAGCAUGAGAUAGUAUUAGUGACAGUAAAGACUUUUACAUUUUUACAAAAAAAUAUCUAUUUCUAAUUACUAUUAAUGUUCUAUUUCUACAAAUGUAUCUAUAAUAUAAAUUUAUUUUAUUUUUGUAAUGAAGAUUGUCUGUUUUGUGAUCAAUUUGGCUGUAUUAUGAAAAGUAAGAUUUCAAGCAAGACAUUUCCUCAAGGAGGAGUUAAAUAGCUGUUUGAGAUGUGAAACUAUUAUCAGUCGCUUUCCUAUUUUACAGUUACACUCAAAGAAUAUAUGGCAGGUGUUGCUAGUGUCCUCACACACAAUAUAGAAUGCAGAAUCACCUCCACAGAAGGAAUCAGGUGAAAGAUCAUGCAUGUUUUAUAACUUUACCUUCCUCAUCUGUCUGGCAGUCAGCAUCUCCUGGCAACAGAGGUCAGGGGAGUGUAGCAUCAGAUGCAGUUGCCAAAACCAAAGAAAGAAGAAAAAAAAAGAAUUAGUUAAGUACUAGUCAGUGAAUGUAGACCUGGACUAAAGAACUCUGUUGUACUUUUGUUGACAAGUUCUUGCUUUUCGCUUUGUUUUAGAGGAUUUUGUAUAAUUGUUUAAAGCUGAACAUCAUCAUAAUUGAACAAAGCUGAUCAAAGGCCAUGGACCACAUAAGCCAUUUUGGAAGUCCAACACUAUCUGACAUCAGUGGCAAAUCAUGAGAAGUGUCUGCCUUCUACUGAUGGUGAUCUCUCAAGUUCAACUGUCGUUACUCUGCCCUUUUUCUUGUGUGGUGUGUUCUGAAGAUGUCAUCAUCUGUCAUAAACUCUUAAACAUUAUUGAUGCACCAGGCUCUACUAAAGCUUUGAUGCUCACUGAUGGACUCAUUGAUUCUGUGGACAACAUGGUCCUCUCUGAAUUAUCCAACAUGAGUGUUCUGGCACUCAGUAACAACGCCAUUUCUAGCAUCAUGGAGAAUGCCUUUCAGAACCUCUCUUUUCUAACUACGCUGUUGCUGGACCAUAACCGCAUCUCCAGCCAAUCCCUGGACAACUCCACAUUUUCCUGGCUCCACAGACUGGAGACUCUCCAGCUUGGUAACAACAAUUUAAAUGACAUUGACGGCUCCUGGUUCCAAAGCUCUAAAGCUUUAAAAACACUUCAACUAGAGGGGAACCUCCUCAACUGCUUGAACUCCACAACCUUUGCCCAUGCUGAUCUGAGGAACCUGGAAACAUUGGACUUGUCCAACAACCUCAUUGUGUACUUAGGACGUGAUAGCUUUAGAGGGCUUCCUCGUCUCCGCAGGCUCGAUCUGUCCCGCAAUCAUCUACGCAGUGCUCCAGAUGCAUUCUCCUAUCUGUCAUGGCUCUCAGUGCUGAACCUUGAUUUGAAUCUCUGGAGCUGUACAUGUGAGUUGAGAGAGCUGGCCUCAUUUCUCAACAGUUACAUUCAGGCUCCUGAAAAAGUCUUGUACAAUGGGCAGAGGAUGGUGUGUGUGAAAACAGAUAAUGCAGCUGUGCAAGCUGUGCUGGAACUGACUGACGCUAAUUGUGUCCCACCAAACAGGAAUAUAUCAAUGGAGGUUGUGGCUAAAAGAUAUAACACUUCUGAGCAAUAUAUUAGAAAUGUUGCUAUUGCUGUUGUAUUUUCAUUUUUGGGUGGUGUUGGGAUCACCCUGGGAAUGAUUGCCAUUGCAUACCACAAACUCAGUAAGAAAUUUGAACUGGUGCUGGAGGAAAAUAGAGUUGUGGAGUCCGGCCUGGAAUCAACCCAGUGGAAUUUCUGCGAAGGCAAGGGCACUCUAACUAAGUGCCAUGCACUGUACAACAGUAACUACAAAUCCCAUCAGCCCUGGGACAGAGAAGACUCUCCUUAUCUGGGAUCAGACAUGCUGGAGAAUCAUUUCACCUGUCACAAGUGCAGCUCUACAGCACAUGUGGUAGGAAAGCACAAAAGAGAGAUUGUCCAGCAGAAAGCCACUCAUGUAGGUGAACAGCUGGCUAAUCACCAACAUGAGGGGAAUGAUCAACAUUCCGUGUUGCAACAGAGGAUCAAAGAGAUAAGUGCACAAAGACAUAAUGACAGCGGGGCAGGCAUUCCAAACAGCUAUCUGGGCAGUCAGGGUACUUCUUCCCAACAUCAUGGGGGUUCAAACGACAUCUCAGCUGUCAGAAUACGGCAGCUGGCCCUCAGUAAUCAUCUCUCGGCCCUCCAGAGAGGCACAUUCAGACCCCCAGACCAAAUCCACAAUGAAAUAACUCAAGGAAAUCACUCACUGUUAAAGCACCCGGCUGAGGACGUUGGUGCUCAACCGAUUUACCAAACCAUCAGCUGUCUGCACUGUCAUCAGACUUAUGAAUACAGACAAGCUGGGAGUAAUAACCAGAACUUUACGUUUACAACUCACUCACAGAACACAGUUCAAAACGGAGCACAAAUUUACAAUGCCACGCUAUACAAAGACAACUUGGGUUAUGACAAGUCAAAUGCUGGGAUUCAAGCUACUGAGCUGGGCUUUAAGUUAGAUUCUCAAAGAAGUGUUACUUUUGAUCUAGCUGGGACUGAGGAACAUGUCCUCACCACAAUGGCUGACAGACACAAAAAGGAAAGCAGGAUGAUGGACUUUAAAACAUCUGCACAGAAAACCCCCCGAAAGCUUGGUAAGACUAAGAACAGCACACAAGGACACUUAAAAACCCAGAAAACCAGAGGACAGGCAAAGAGGACACUGAAAGUUAAAUUCAAUUUAAACCCCCUUCGAAAAAGCAGAGUUCAUCCAAAGUCCACUGACAAAGAAGAUACUGAAGAAGACAAGAUGUACAAAAAGGGUAAGAGGGAAAAACUAAAAAGCAAAAAGGACAAAAAAGAUAAAUUAAAAAUAAAUAAAACUAGCAAAAAAUCUAAAGAUAACCUUGAAUGCUCAGGAAGUGAGGAAGAGGAAAAUUAUACUAUGCAAGAUAUCUCUAAAAAGAAGCGUGCUAAAAAAGGAAACAAGGAAUCAAAGUCCCUGUCUAAGGAUACAGAUGAUGUCACUAUAGAAAAAGGUCAAAAUUAUAUUUCUGUUCAGGAAGAAACUCAAAUGGCAUCAACACCCCCACUAACGCUCAGUUUAGCUCUUCCAGAUGAUCACAACAGUCUUACAGCUCCAUCACACCCCAGCGUUCUGGAUUCCAGUGACACUCAGCAGCUAUCCAAUCCAAAUAUUGCACUUCCUGUGAGUGAAUCCACUGCUCCGCAGGAUGUGGUGGAUCAGACCAGCAGUUCAGACCUGAUUAGCUCUGGUGCACCUGUCAUCCAAGAAUAUGUAUCUUCAGCUGAGGGCUCACCAAAGAGGAAGUUAAGACUCAUUUUACCUGAAAAAACAACCAACAGGCCACAAACAGCACUUGAUAAGAAAAUCAGAUAAUGUUAUUCCUUACAG